AUGAGUGCUAUGCUUACGCGUGCUUCGCGCUUCGCGCUCGUCUCCAAGCCAUUUUCUCAGACUCUUAGAUUCAAGUCGGUGUGGUCGGGCGUGCAGGCAGGUCCACCUGACGCCAUUCUCGGCGUGACGGAGGCGUUCAAGCGUGACACGGAUCCACGCAAGAUCAACCUCGGUGUGGGUGCGUACCGUGACGAGGCCGGUCUGCCCUAUGUGCUGCCAAGUGUGCUUGAGGCUGAUAAGCGCAUCGCCAACAUGAAUCUCGACAAGGAGUACCUGCCGAUCACGGGUCACUCCAACUACCAAAAGCUGGCUGCGACGUUCGCCUAUGGCGCUGACUCGAAGCCACUGAAGGAGAACCGGAUCGCGACGACCCAGAGUAUCUCGGGAACAGGAUCGCUCCGUAUUUCAGGCGAAUUUCUCGCUCGUCACUACCCAUACAACAAGGAGGUGUACCUGCCCACACCUUCGUGGGGCAAUCACCGCCCGAUCUUCCUGAACUCGGGCCUGCAGGUGAAGCAGUACACGUACUAUGACAAGGAAACCGUGGGAUUGAACCUCGAAGGUAUGCUGCGGGACCUGAAGAAUGCGCCAAGCAGGAGCAUCGUUCUGCUUCAUGCAUGCGCGCACAACCCGACAGGCGUGGAUCCAACGCAGGAGCAGUGGAAGCAGAUUUCGGACGUGGUCAAGGAGAAGGAGAUGUUCCCCCUCUUUGACAUGGCAUACCAAGGCUUCGCCAGUGGUGAUCCAGACCGCGACGCAUUCGCCGUGCGCUACUUCGUGGAACAGGGCCACCAAAUCGCGCUCUGCCAGAGCUUCGCCAAGAACAUGGGUCUGUACGGUGAGCGCUGCGGUCUGUUCUCGCUCGUGACGGCCAAUGAAGACGAGGCUAAACGAGUAGAAAGCCAGCUCAAGAUUACCAUUCGCCCCAUGUACUCGAACCCGCCAGUGCACGGUGCCCGUAUUGCCGAGCUCGUGCUUUCGGACCCUCAACUGUACGCUCAGUGGCUCAAGGAGGUCAAGGGCAUGGCUGACCGCAUCAACAAUAUGCGCCGUACGCUCAAGACGCUGCUGUACGAGAAGCACGGCUCCAAGCACAACUGGGAGCACAUUACGAACCAGAUCGGCAUGUUUGCCUUCCUGGGUGUCACGCCAGAGCAGGUCAACAAGCUUGUGAACGAGCACCAUGUCUACCUGACCCAGGAUGGCCGCAUUUCUGUCGCUGGUAUUACGGACCACAACGUGGGCCACCUCGCUGCCUCGCUGCAUGACGUCACUUCGAACUAA